AUGCAGCAGCAAUUCCUUGCAGAAUGGCAGCUUAAUGUGGACAUUGGGGCCAAGCACUACGGCUACUCUGCAGAUGUCUGUCCAUCCACGAUCUGCGGGUGCCUAGAACAGGCACUUAGCUGGCUUCAGGCGGACCAGGUCCCAGUCGCGUUACUGGGUCGUCGUUUCAUACGUCGUCUUCUCAUAUCCCCCUACACAGGGACAGUGAAGGUGAGACCCUAAGAGUUUAUGCAUUUGCAUACAUUGAGCUGUGGCCUUUCUGUGCAUGUUGCUGUACCGAGUCCCCCUUUCAGUUGAUCUGACGGAAAGGUGGUUUGUCACACCAAUGAAGUUCAUCCGGCAUGCCAAUUUAGCUCACUACCGAGACAGAGCCCACAGUUACCAGUAAAAUCACCGCUUACUGGGAACUAGUAGAAACGAAACCAGAUGGAUCCAACUGCCGUUUCAGUUUAGUCGUGGCUCUUCUAUUUGUUGCCCCAUUGGUAAAAGUGGGUUCUUUUCUGUUAUUUUGGUUCCUUUACUGAUAUUCAGCAUGACAGCUUAGAUCCUUAAAACUUCACUGCUGUCUCCAGCCGAUGCGGUUAUUUUUUUGUCCAAUUCGGGAUUCUCUUACCACUCCUUAUCAGCCAAGAGAAAUGUCUCGUUGUUCGUGUCCUAUGGUGUUACCCAACUGUGUCAAUUCUACAUUUUAGGAGCUGGCCCUCUCCCGCCUGUUCGAGCACAUUGAUAUCAACAUUGGCUGUCCUGAUACUGACUCGAAAACCAGAAUCCUUUCUCAUUUACUCUCGCUGGUUAACGACUUCCUGCAGGUCCGCGGUGAUCCACUUCAACCUAACACCUUCCAGCAACUGGAUAGUCGGUGGCCUAGGCUUCAGAAUCGAGCGACAAUGGCGGUAGACCACGUGGUACUUAUUUAAGGCUUUAUUGCUUGCCGGUUGACUCCCGUAAACAGUAGUUUCCUCCCCAGUCCUCAGUAUCUUGAUUUUCUCGUCUUUAUUCUUGAUCAUGCUGCAGGAUCACUUACGCCUUGAGUGCGAUGCGCUUCACCAUAUUAGAAAAUUGUCCUUCUAAGGUCAAGGGGAAACUGUGUUCACUAGCCUGGCUUGGUAGCAGGACGGAGUAAUGGCUCUCCGGUCUGGAAACCUCGGAGACGGAUGCCGACAGCCAGGCCAGAGGUAUUUCCGACGGAGACGCGAGAGGGUGCGACUGCCUGCGAGGACUCUAGACUGGAACUCUAAGUAGAAAUGAACGCCCAUAUUUCGUUCUGCAAUCAAACCGGAUCGAUGACCGUCAAUCCUGGGCGGCUUCCAGUCUUCUCGAUUGUUGCCAGUAGCGCCUAAAGUUCCGAUCAGGGUUUCUCCGCCUUGGGUUCGGAUAUGGCUGUCGGUAAUACUGCUCAGUCGUACAACCAUAUAGCCCUUUCUGCGUUCGCCUACACAACUUUUCCCCUGUCUGACGAUCUGUCUAGGGUGCAGUACAAAAAUGUCCAGCUUCUAUAAAGUAUUACAAGAGGCUUGUGGACUGCUCGGCGGCUCUGCCUAGAUUAUGCGCACUCGCAGGUGGCCGCCUUGGCCCCCUGUUCGUAACUUCAGAUCCCAGCUUUGGAAGUUCGCAUGCAUAUCUUCGAGGUUUUUCCGACCCGAGUUGUUUCAUUGCCUUUCGCCGCAGCAUUUUAGUUUCUGAUCUUCCAAACAAGAGGAGGAAGACUGGAAUGACUACUUCUGGCCUGGGGUUGCUGUAUGACAGGCUGACGAUGACAAGUAAGCCAGAAGGGGGAACGUCCAUUUCCCUUCUCAUUGCCGAUGAUACCUCCUGAGUAUUAGCUGUUCGUCGUAGUCAGGCUGCCCGCGAGGUGACUGAAAAACAAGAAGAAACGACCACCUCCCAUUCUGUAGUCGGAUGAGGUCCAUGUAUGCCAACUCUACGCAGCUUCGACGUUUCUCUCUCAACGUUUGAUAUAUUUUCAGUUGAGAGUGAAGGCCUUAUCUCGAAGUAUAACCCUUUGAACCUUCGAAUCGCGUGCUUUGGAAAUACUUACCGGCAAUUCACGUUAUUAAUCGAGAGUCCACCAUGUUUGUCAAUGUCUCAACUUUUUGGACUCAUUUGGUCGCACCUGAAGAGGAAGCCUAGAAUCAUCCACUUGACUUACACUGCCGGGAUGCCUUCGUUUGACAUAUUGAUCCUUGCAGGCGAAGUCUCUAAUAAACUGCCUCCCGAGAUUUCGUUUCGACUUCGGACUAGUCACUUUAAAGCUGACGUUUCUCCUGUCUUUGUGAUACGACUAUUUCACCAGCAAAACCAGCCAUUUGAGUCAUUAAAUUGACCGAAUCGGACAGCUUAAUGUUAGUAGGUCCGGUCCAGAUUCAUACAUUAACAAAAGUGGCCGAAAUACGAAAAAUGAGAACACGAUUUAAGUUUAUAGUAGUCGACUUCUGUUAGCGGUUUUUAGAAAGUUUCCGGACUAUCUCAAAAAACAAGGACAGUCGGUAGUUUUUAUAUCCCCUUCGCUUCUCAAUCAACAUAAGUGAUCAGUGAAAGACUUGUUGUCCAUGAACAACUGUACUAGUUUUAAAGCAGACUCCCCUGUCCCGACAUUGUUUCCGUAAAAAUUGAAAUUAGAAAGAAUGAAAAAUUUGGAAUGAAACUUGUUCUAAACUGAAGCGGAAUAGUUUCUUCAGCAGGCAGCAGUAAUAUGUCAUAAAAAGAAAGUUGGCACACCGUUAACUUCAUUCUUGGAGAAAGUGUUUACCGGUUCGCGGAAAUCUCAGAAUAACUAGUAAUUAUAGUGAAGAAGUCGGCCGAAUCCCAGGACUGUUUUCAGGUCUAUUGCGUGCCACUUGAAGGGGUGAGCUGAGUUGGCGGGAUUUCUUUUGAGCGGUCUCGAAACUUUACCGAAGUUCAUUGGGUGGGAACGCCUGAUUCUUCACCGAAGCCGUAUUAUUUUUUCUCCAGGAUAGCUCGCCGGCUCAUUUCACAUAUUCGACGGGGUGAAUUCUCACUUGUUUUUCUAAAUUGUUCAGUCAUCCAUUAUCCACGGCUUUGCUUUAACUCACAACCUCUCCUUGUUCUGGUCUAGUCGCGAUGUUUUUCACAUAGACUUAAAAGAAGUCGUUUGCUUCUCAUUACACUGAUUAACAGUGUAGUAUAGUUUACGGGUACAUUCAAACCAAGACAGGGAACGUGUGGGAAACUAACAUCCCGAAACUUAGUAUUUCCACUUUUCCAACUGCGGUUAUUAGUGUACUCACUCCAAGUUUUCUGACGCUCAAGUAAUCGAGUUCGGUCUUCUCACUUCUAUGGUCAAUCCCCGUUUCCUUUCAGUGUGAGCUUUACUCAUUGAUAAAAACCUUCAUUCUCCCCUACUGACUUCUGCUUUUUCAACUUCAGCUGCGCACUUCUAGCCCUUACUGCACCGAGGCCUUCGUUUUCCUCGAAGAGCUUUUCACAUGCUGUCGGCGCUCUCUUUCCGUCCUCUCCUUGACAGAAUCUGUGGAUUGUGCUUUGAGGAAUCAGUAUUUGAGGCAUCUAAGCAUGGUAACUGCUGCUAUUUGAUAAACCUCCUUCCUUGCAGCUGAUUGUCCAAUUCCUUCAUAUGGUGUUUGUUGACUCUCAAGGAAAGUAACCGCGUUCCAAUAAAGAUUUAAUUUCUACUUGCAUGGUGUAAAGUAGCAAUUAUCUUUUUAAAUUUAUUUCUUUUAGGCUCCUCCCUCAAUUUAUCGAGCUCCUUGCUAGAUCAACUUCUACGUCUGGUGGAGAAGUUGACAGAGCUUAUCCUUUAUGGGUCCAGCAAGUUCACUUUCACAUCAAAACCAUCGCUCUUCUCUGCAAAUGAGUGUGAAUACUUGGUGACCCUGAUCUGUGACAUUUCCUUUUCGACUGACCCCGAUUCCACCCUGCUCUUACAGCACUUAGCCGCUUCUGGAGAUGCGCAUAGUCAUGAGUGGCGUUUGCUCAAUCUUUCGCCAUGUCGGACCCUCCUCUACAUCGUUGUGCGUGUCGCCGGCUCACUCCGUUAGUUCAUUUUUUGACGAGAGUUUUCGCUUCCCAUUUGAUCCCUCAGGCCCUUCCUUUUAGAUGCUAGGGCUUAGAAAUAUUGCUCACCGUAUCUAUUUCCCAUGCAGAUAGUCAAAUUUGUGCAGUUUGCUGAGACCCAUAUCACUCCUGCGACUUACUCAAUAUUUUUAUGUAUUCAGUGCCCGGAACACAAGUGAAUCGCUGGUGAGAAACCCUUGCCAUUUCUUGGGGAUAGCAGGGGAGGCGGGUCCCUGCCUAUGUGGGUCUCAACCUGCCGCUUGAAUUGCAACCUUUGCACUUCAUUGUUUCACUUGGAACCAGAAACCGGACCGUUGAGCAGCGUGAUGACGCGACCUGCCUCAUAUGAAAAAAAUUUUCAGAACGCUGGGGAAAGUCGUAGAGUUAGUGGAAAUCGAGGCGAAAGGACUCACAGCCCUUCCUGACUGUUUCUAACUAUACGUUGAGAUUUACCCUGCUUCCAACGCAGGUAAUAGCCAACUGUUCAGGCACAUUUCGCCGACUUCGUGCGGCUGUAAGGGAGUUGGCUAGGCAGUGGGUCAUCCAACGUUCCAGAUGCGAUUUUUGGACUAGUUUAAUAUUAAAAUUUCGUUAGAAAUCAGUGUGUUCACUUGGAGUAAAGCCAUCAGGGCAGUAGUUUUGGGGUUGGCCCGUUUUUAAAUAAGAAUUCCUAACUUGCAGAUGUCAGCGGCUACCUUGUGAAUCAGGUGCCACUCAUUUCGUACGAGAGUUGGGACGCCCUUGAAAAAUGGAAUUUAUUUAAAACUAUAUCUUCCCCGACCCGUGUUGGGCCUUCCUCCCGACCCGCAACUCCUUUUCCCGCACUUAUUUUCAUUGCUAAAGAAAUAUACCUACUUUAGUGGUAUGUUUUUGUACCUUGUUGCCGCCCCCCCUGAGCUAGUCCCGUUUUUUGUCCUGCACACUCUUUCAUCCUUCGAACUUGGGACAUACGAAGCAGGCGAAUAGCAUCCGUUUCUACUACCAGUCCAAAGUCGCCCUACAGUAGAGAGGGUCAAAUGAGAGAGAGAAAAAGAGAGACUAUUUAGUGACUACAGUUCUUCCUUUCCAUUCCGUCCUUUCAAUCCAGCCUUGGAGUCUCCGCGGCUGCCCUUCCUUUUGGACGCCUUUGGAAAGGCAGUUGUGGCUGCAGACUCUACCAACUGCCCCGACCACAACGGAACCUCGCUGGAAAGAAACACUGUCCAAAUUUUUCUGACAGACGACGUGCGCCUGUUCCGCGUGCUUUUGACGCUUCUCCAGUUGGAAAACAAGCUAAUAAAAGCCAGGUGUGUGUGUGUACUCUGUUUUCUCCCUCUGAUUGACCUUGCUCCAAUAUAAAGGCAGGGCACGACUGCAUAUGCAAUUGUCUGGUCUGAUUCCAACACGUUGACUGAACGGAACAACACAACGCGGCGAAAAAUGAGCCCGGACUUUUAGCGUUCCAGGUUUGCACUUGUUUACAUCAAGGUGUCCUUCUAAUAGUUACAAAGUGGUUGCGGACGCCUGUAAAUUUCGUGAUGUGUGUAGUCUUCAAGCAUAGUUCCUGGUGAAAUUAGGAUUGACUGUUCAGAAAAAUGAACUACCUUGCUUUGUGUAAGACAGGUUGCAUGAGUAUGUCAUUACACACUAUUGAACCCUCCGUAGGCCAGCUGUCUACGAGUCGACCUGUUUUUGUAGGUAAUUCUUGCUUUCACUUCACCGUAGUGCUGCUUGCUUAUGAAAAUUGAAAGCUGAAAGUUGAGAGUUAUUUUAGUACGUUACUUGUGGGCGUCAAUUAUGACAACUUACGCCUUGAGUGGACAAUAGGUCUACCAGUUAGUCUACUUUCUGGCCACUCCACGCGUCCACGGGUGGCGGAUGAUGGCACGGCUUUCAGUGAGGGUUAACUGAAAAGUAUGCACUCCCAGGUCUGACAAAUAAUCACCGGUGGACCAAAACCGACAGUGCCACUAGUUUGGACAGGGCUGAGGUCAAGCACACCGACGGCCUUGCAAAGUACUGCGAAGUCCGGUGACAGCACUAUGUUAUGGUGACCCUUAAUGGCAUUAGAUUAAUUCACCUGUUCCACCGAGCUAAAACGUUAUAGGAGCCAGGCCUGAAAAAAAAACAAUCUGAGUGGCCAUUGGAGACCGAGCUGUACUCGAAACCUCCGCAUAUGUGUCACAAAGUAGAUGCCCAAACACACUGCUAUGAGCCAUGCCAUGACGUCCGCUGAACGGACGCGCGUCCUUAAUAUCUGAUGCUAGAAUUUAAGCACAGUCCUCGAUCCCAGACCGUGUGCGGUUUACACCAAUACAACGCUUGUCUGCCGUCCGAAUCCCAAACCGAGGCCCCUAGGGCGUGGAACUCCUGAGGGCAAACUCCAUUCGCCCUCUAUCUCACCGGGGCCUCUGCGACUCCUCCGGUAGACAUGGUGUGGCAACUGCCCACCAAAGCAGUACUUUCAUGAGGACCUGUAAACGACCGCGUAACUGAAGGAGUUUUUACCAACAUAAUUAUAACUUCUUUCUAUGCGCAAACAUUAACUGCCUGCCAGGGCGUUAAUGGAACCUCUCAUCUGCAAGAACUGGCCGUAAACCUCCUUCCUUGGAUUUUCUAUCUGUUGCUGCUAGACUGAAUUGCUGCUCUGUGUCUGGCGAAUCUCCAAACAGUCAUCUGAUUGAAAGCUUUGGGCUUGGUCCUCGAUAUGAUAACAGUGAAGAACUGCUGAACUUCGCUGAUCAGAAGUGGCUGUUCGUCAUCAACAUAUGUCCCCAGCACCACCGCAAACAUCUGGUAACCUGGCAUCCCAACGAUAAUCGUGCAAGUAUCCAGAUUGACUGCUUUUUAUCGUCCAGUUCCAUAUAAUGACGGCUAAGUCAGCUGUGCAAGACCUCAAGAAGCUGGAAAAUAACGACUUUCAUGGGUAGAUUCGAGAUGUCGGCGGCAAUCGACAACUCUACCAGCUUACUCACAAAAUGCAGGUUUUCUGCACUGAGUGAUUCCGUUCCUGGUAUCACUGCUGAAAAACCAGCCAAGUCCGAUUGCUGUCCUGAACACAUUGGAGGCCUUUUAAACUUCAUCGACCAGCCCAUCGACUCUCUUUUUCCUGCAGCAAAGUUUCGUUCUUCUGUAGUUUAUGCAGUGUCGUGUAGCCCUCCUUCCGGAGUUCAAACCACUGCUGCAAUCUGGAGGCUGCACACCAACUAGGCGUUUGGAAAGAAUUGAGCCUCUGUUGAGGGCUACAGGUCUAGAGGCGGCAAUGACGACCUGACUUGAUGCGAUGGUUGAACAGGCAUUGGGAGAUAGUGUCGUCGUCGAUGGUUGCGGUUCGACUUUCACGUGACUGCCUUCAAGAUGGGAAAUAAGGCGUAAUACGAGAAGUCUCGACAACACUGCUCCAAAGGCCUUUGCCACUGUCACACCUAGGUGCUUCCAAAGUGUCCAUAAGUCAAUAACGGUACCCAACCAAGCCGGGUUCCUGGGUGGACGUGGCUACUUCGACCAAAUAUUAAAACUACGGCGCAUUCUCGAGCUCCGUCGUUGCCAUUUGCGGUUUUCUGUGGUGUUGAGUUUAAGACUGGACUCCGGCUGUCCGAUCUUGACUACUUUGACGAUAUUGCUGCGCUGGCGGUAAGCUAUGAUAUACAGAAUCCGUUUUCUCCCCUGAACACGGUCGGUAAAUUUGUUUAGUUCAUUCAUAACUGCCGCGAAAAUCACGAUAUCCUCGUGAAAAUCACCCGUGGUCAGGAGGCAUCCCCUGACUAAUCGCUGUAAGCUUUAAGAAGUGGACAAUUUCAAUUAUUCGGGGGCGGAAUCGUGAAAUGAACGGAGUAAGAACAACACCAUCCUAGCCAAUGCUUCCCUCAGGGUUUUCGGAAUCCUUUUAAUUAUUUAUGGACCAGCGCUGCAAGAAUCCGAAUGCACCGGUGGGUGUCCUCCGGUUCAGUCCUCCUGUACAGUUGUAAAUGCUUGUGCUAGAGGUUCGAGAUUGCUGACCACUGCUGUUCGAGAAUUUUCUUUAGAAUUAGGUACUCUUAUAUCUUGAAUGAGACAGUCCUCACCGGCAGCUACGUCGCUAGUGUUUGUCAGGUUAUCUAAGGAAGGCCAUUAAAGUGACUCAGGCACGCUCAGUACGCCUGCCUACAUGGGGACGACAGAGGUCGGCGCAAAAUCUGGCCCACGGACGUGUUUCCUACAAAAUAUGUCCUUGUCACUGUGUAAGAAUGGCCGGACAUCCUAGAUCUCGUGAUGCCGACCGUCGUGCGAAGUACUUCGCACAAAGUCAUUAAGAUCGACUAGAUCAGGCGUGACCAGCUGUAUCAAGUAGAAGUGCGCUUAAGUCAUAAGUGUCUCCAGUUUCUAGUUGUCGUCCACAGAUCGUUCGCUGCUUAGGUAAGUUCUAACUGAAGGCAGCAAUUUCAAGGCUUUUAUGGUCAACAUCAUCCUAGAUGCUUAACGAGCAGAUUUUGUUGGACCACCCGACCUCAUCGAGCUGCCUCUCCCGUCUUAUUCUCUUCUUCCUCUGUGCCUUUAUUACUAACCUCUCGCAGCGUGAUUCUCACAAGCAUCUUCAUCCACUAUUUUCGUUCUCAGGAUGCCCAUAUUAGGCAAAGUGCCAUCGGCACACCAGCUUUUUGCCGAGCUCCUCAGGUCCAUCUGUUUCGAACACUUCACGGUUCUUGAUUGGCUCGUCUCGCCCGAGACUGACUGUCUUGCAUAUCUGCUCUCCUACUGCAAGCGUGUUGUGGCCUCGUCCGCGACCACGGCUGACUUGCACCAGUCGAAUGUCUGGGCCCUGCCGGUGGCACCCUCGCCAGCGACUCACCACCAUCCCGACCCCGGCUCUCCGAACGGUGGUACUGCGGGGUAUCCCAGCCAGGAAAUCGUGACCUUUCUGCGCCGUUUAUCUGCCAGUCUCCGCCUUCACGAGUCCCAGGGAACCAUGCCCUAUUCGCCGCGUCUUCUCAUCUCCCGACUACAGGCUGCCGCAGAUAUAAUAUCAAGAUCCUGA